AUGCGCAGUCGACGAGACGCAGGGCGUGACGACCCCGAGCAGUCACCGACGUCGCGCAGACAAAAACGGGGACGAGAGGACGACGAGGACGACGAAGAAGAAGUUGCUGCAGGCGCGCCGCCCUCGGACAGGCCCAUAAAGCGGAGGGAGCACGUCAACCUACUUAACGAAUCCGACAGGCUGUGCGUAGCCUGCGAUGGCAGAUACCACGACGUCAGGUGGGUUGCGUGUGACCAUCCGAAGCCACGACACCAUGUUGCCGAUGGGGACACAUGGUUCCAUCAAAAAUGUGGCCUAUUCGGGGGGCAAUCCGUGCCCAAAGGGGAGGACAACACAUGCUGUUGCCCAGUAUGCACGAGGUGGAGGGAGAGGGUGAGGGGGUGGGGGUGGUGGGAGCGGGACGCGUUGGCGAGGAAGAUGAGGAUGGCGCGGCCCGGGGCGGUGCUGCUACGGGGCGUGGUGGAUGAGGGGAGGCUUUAA